GUCUGGAAGAAACUGAGGAGGAAAACUGGAUAGAUGAGGCAGAGGUGGGAACAAGACUUCUCAAUGUGCAUCCUUAUGUACUUCUCGAAUUCUGUGUUAUCAAUUCAAAAGGAUUUAAAAAUGGAAGAAUGACGCCACCAUUUAACAGGCUGCCUCAGAACUGACACAGUACCAGGCACCAGCAGCAGGGAAGGUAUAACAUUCACUAUGUUCCACAGCGUAACAGUCAGACCUGCGUCACUACACUGAACUGAUCUCCCAGGGAAAAAACAUGAAGAGGAAAAAAAUUAAUGCCGUUGUUUGUGAACCUAAAGAACUCCUGAAUCCCUCUCCCAAAGUAACAAAUUGUUGCAAAUCGCCGUGUGUGAAAUAUAGUUUUCAGAAGGCAUACAUGACCAGACUUGCCAGCAACCAGCCAGUUGCAGCCAUGUCAAGGAGCCCAGAUCACAAUUCACCUUCUCAGCCCAAGGAAAACAGCCUUGGCCAGAACCGUCAGCCGGAGGAAACCAUCCACAAGCUGGCCAUGCAGCUGAAGAACAUUGGAGACAGCGUUGAUCACUGGAUGGCUCAAGAGAAUGCCCAGCGGGAAGGCAGAGAGGCACUGGCGCAGUUUGUGGUGGUUUUCCAUGCGGGAGGCCGCGCGCUGCUGCGCUUUCUCUGGAACAACCACUGGAUGUAAGAGGAGCGGACAUCCGAGCUCUGCCGCCCCCUGCGCUGAGGACGAGCCCUGCACAGGUGGGAGGAAGGCCCUUCUCCGCCCCGUUUUCACCCUCACUGUUGGUUUAUGCGGCUUCGUUGGAGAGCUGCAGGCUCACUGACCAUUUGUCUGUUCAGAGCAACCGCCGUGCCAUGUCUGCGAGUGCCCCACCUCGUGGUAGAGCCGCAGGCGCCCCCAGGAGGCUCUGCCAGGGCCCACGGGGCAUCUGCUUCCCCAGGGAACCUGAGCCUCGUCCUCAAACCAGAGGUCACAGCAAUGGACGCUUCUCCCUGGCCCUCCCUGGGUGCCCAGCCACCUGUUGGCCCCACUCUGGGUGCCCAUGUCCAGAUCCGCAGCACCUCGUUCUGCUCAUUCCUUUCUGCCCACCCGUGUUCCCUGUCUUCCCCUUUUAGGAGCAUUACAGGUGUUAAGGAAGUUUGUUGUUAUACAUUAUAAGUUCUGUAUAUGGUUGAGUUAUUUGUUAUUUAAAAAUGAAAUAAAUAUUGUUUUAUUGAGCAUGAAACAUCUUCGCAUAUGUCUUUUGUGAGGGAGGGAUUCCACUUAGUCCGGCUCA